GUCUUCACGAGACCACGGUUUAGUAGAGUCAUCGAAUAUCUCUGUGUAUAUAGCUGUGAAAAUGGGGUCUCUGAGCCGAUUUUGCGCUUUAACUUGUAAACAUUCCAAUGUUAAGAUCACACCUCUGUUUCAAUUAGUGCGCGCAUACAGUGACGGACAUCGAAAAGCUGUGAAAACACCACUGUAUGACUUACACACUCGUUAUGGCGGCAAGCUAGUGAACUUUGUUGGAUUUUUGCUGCCAGUACAGUACGCAGACUUGAGCGUUACGGCCUCCCAUUUAGUUACACGUAAAAAUGCCUCAAUUUUUGAUGUAUCCCACAUGCUACAGACGACUGUGCGUGGGAAAGAUUGUAUAUCAUGGUUCGAAUCGCUCUGUCCAGUGGACUUGAAAGGAAUGGCUAACGGAUCAAGCGCUCUAACAGUUUUUUUGACAGAAAAAGGCGGCAUCAUUGACGAUUUGAUUGUUACCAAAGUGAAUGAUGAAACACUAUACAUAGUGUCAAAUGCUGGGCGGCUAGAAGUCGAUAAGCAACAUAUGUUAAACUCGUCUAAAAUAUUUAAACAACAAGGUAAAGACAUACACGUCGAAUUUUUAGAUGUCAGUGAUAGGGCUUUGAUCGCCGUACAAGGCCCGAAGGCCGCUUCGUUGCUUCAGCCGCUUACAGACAUCUCUAUGCCCGACCUAAUCUUCAUGACUUCCCGCGUGGGCUCCGUGGCUGGAGUGCAAGGCUGCCGCAUCACGCGCUGCGGCUACACCGGUGAAGACGGCGUGGAAGUGUCCAUCCCGGCCGACAAGGCAGAUCACGUCACAGAAGCAUUACUCCAAUCAAAUGACAUAAAACUGGCGGGCCUGGGAGUGCGGGACUCGCUCCGGUUGGAAGCCGGGUUGUGUUUAUACGGAAACGAUAUCGACGAGAGUGUUACUCCAGUGGAAGCCAAUUUAACUUGGCUCAUAUCUAAGCGCAGGAGAGGUGAAGCGAACUUUCCAGGAGCUGACGUAAUCUUACGACACAUUAAACAGGGGGUCGAAAAGCGGAGAGUCGGCGUGCGCAUGGAAUCUGGAGCUCCGGCGAGAAAAGAUGCUAUCCUCAAGCAUCCGGAUACUUUGGAUGUGGUUGGAAAAGUGACCAGCGGGUGUCCGAGUCCGUCGCUCGGAGGGAACGUGGCGAUGGGCUACGUGGCGGAAUCUUUGAAGACAGCGGGAACUAAACUGUUGGUUAAUAUUAGAGGAAAGGAUGUCCCAUGUCUUGUUGCUAAAAUGCCUUUUGUCCCGUCUCAUUAUUACACGAAGAAAUAAAAUAAAAUUU